CCUCAUUGCACACCACUCGGGCAGAUUUCACUUGGGAUUUCUGUUUCUGCGUCAGUGACGAAGAGGGUGGAUUCUGCGAUUGCACACCCCUCGCCCUCGCCCUCGCUGUAGCCUCUCGCUCGCUGCCUCGCCCUCGCCCUCGCCCUCGCCUCUCGGUCGGAAGCUGGGGAGGUCGCAUCUGUGGCUACUGGAUCUGACUCUCUAACUCUUGCUCUCGCUGGGUGACUGGGUCGCUCGCCUCUCUGCAUUGCCAUUGGGACACUUUGGUUCAAUCUUUGAGCCAGGCAGUGGCCAGUGGGCAUCCCUUCAUACUCUAGAGACCAAGAGACUAGAGAUUAUUCAGAACCAGAAUAAGGGAAGGGUAUUCUCUGAGAGAGAGAGAGAGAGAGAGAUUUCACAGCAAGGAAAAACUUUGAGCUGAUUCACUACAAUGGAGUAUCGAAAAAUUAAAGAUCAGGAUAAAGAUGGGGGUGCCAUUGUUGAUGAUAUAGAGAACCCACGUGGGAAACCUCUUUUGAGUGUCCCUAACAUGGCCAGCUUAGGAGGCAGCCCCAGUGAACGGUCAAAGUGGAAGCGCAAGUCAAUUGUUACACUUGCAUUGACUUUUCUUACAAGUUCACAGGCAAUAUUGAUUGUCUGGUCCAAGAGAGCUGGAAAAUAUGAGUACAGUGUUACUACUGCAAACUUCUUGGUAGAGGCUUUGAAAUGCGCAUUGUCACUUGCAGCCUUAGUAAGAAUCUGGAGAAAAGAAGGUGUUACUGAUGAUAACAGGUUGAGUACAACUUGGGAUGAAGUUAGUGUUUACCCAAUACCUGCUGCCCUUUACCUCAUCAAAAAUUUGCUUCAGUAUUACAUCUUUGCUUAUGUGGAUGCCCCAGGGUAUCAGAUACUGAAGAACCUGAAUAUCAUUAGCACUGGUGUGUUGUACCAGAUUAUUCUUAAGAAGAAGUUAAGCGAGAUUCAAUGGGCUGCAUUUGUGUUAUUAUGUGCAGGAUGCACUACGGCACAGCUUAAUUCUUCUUCUGAUCGAGUACUUCAAACUCCUUUGCAAGGUUGGGUGAUGGCCAUUGUUAUGGCCCUUCUAAGUGGUUUUGCAGGAGUUUACACAGAGGCUAUAAUUAAAAAACGGCCUUCAAGGAACAUAAAUGUACAGAACUUCUGGUUAUAUGUUUGUGGAAUGGGCUUCAAUGCAAUUGCAAUAUUGAUUCAAGAUUUUGAUGCUGUUGCGAACAAGGGGUUCUUCCAUGGAUAUUCGUUGAUUACAACUCUGAUGAUUCUUAACCAUGCUCUAAGUGGCAUUGCCGUGUCAAUGGUCAUGAAGUAUGCUGACAAUAUUGUGAAGGUGUAUUCUACAUCAGUGGCGAUGCUGCUGACAGCAGUUGUUUCCGUGUUUCUAUUUGGGUUUCAUCUCUCCCUUGCCUUUUUCCUUGGCUCAACUGUGGUGUCGGUCUCAGUAUAUCUACACUCCAUAGGAAAGGUGCAAAGAUAGAUAGCGACGGGCUCGCCUCAUCCAUCUUCCCCAGCCAAAUCGCCGGUGGCCUCUCUCUCAAUAUCUUUUGUCUCUAAGUCUGUUUUACCUGUUUACGGUCCUGAACUUGCCUGUUCUGAUAUGAUACCAAACAUGGAUAGGGGGUUUUGGGUUUUCUUAUUGUUUUCUCAACAUUAAUGAAUUCAUUCUACUCGCUUCCAAGAAACAGAUGUCCAUUGCAUGAUCCACUCUGGUUGACAAAAAAUUUCAUCUCUCUUAACAAAUAGAUGUCAUGAAUAAAAGGUUUGUGCUUUAGCUA